UAGCUCGAAACUAUCCCCGGUGCCUGGGAUAAUCCCCUCGUAUAAAUUGGAUUGUUGGUAGAACGUGGAAACUGAACGCUGCUGCAGCCAGAGUGGUUGGAAGAGAUAGAGAGAAAGAGAGAGAGAGAGAAACACAGAGAGGAAAGAAGAGGAAACGGCGGAACUGCUGCAGACGCACGUACAAACAAUCUCAGUCGCCUUGGCUCACACAACCAACCGUGAAAACUCGUUCGCGAACGUACAUACACGUUCGUAGUGAAGGAGGACAGGGAAGAACGCAGGUUACAGGAGGCGGCCAUUCGUACACGUGUAUCCACCUUCACCCUCUUGGAUUUCGUCGCAGCGAACGGCGGGGAUGGAAACGGGCAGCUGAAUUAACGCUCGUCCUAUGGUCGAACUGGCGUGCAGUUAUGCGCGCUUUAUCGUGCUGGCACUCCGUGCUAUCGAACUAAUGUCAUCACCACCCACCUCUUUUCGAGGGGAGGAUAGCGCGGCGCAUUUUUGCACCACCAUGGCAAUACAUCUUAAAUUCGUACUGAAGAAACGAGUUGAAAAGAACGCUUUUUCGCUUUGUGGAUGUUGAUUUGUGAUAAGAUCUGUGACAACGCUUAAGUGAUACUAUAAUAGGCACGUACGCAACGAAAUUAUAUAUCUAGAAAAUAUUGGUGGAUUUCUUAGUGAAGAAAAGGUUGUUGAGAGGGUCGAGCAGAAUGGUUGAAAAAUAUGUACAUAGUUGGAGCUGCGAAGCUUCACGAUACGAAGCGGAGUGGAAACGCGGAGGAGCGAAAAUGGAACUCAUCGGGGAAAAUGAAAGGGAUUAAUCUCUGGGAAGAUGAUCUCGCAGAGCAGAUAUCCGGCGUACAAUUGGAAAGGUUCCGAGGCACAACUCGUUACCGCGGGCUACACGAGCGAUACGUGACGAUCACGGAGGAAACGCUGCAGCAAAUAACAAGGGACACUGAAGAAUCUUGCCGAAUGAAACAAGCUACUUCACAUUUUUCUGACAAAUUAAGAUACCGUAAUUCAGACUUGAUUGAAGUCCAUUAA